CGUCACUAUAUACCGGUACUGUUAGGGCGACGUAAUCAUGCUGCGGUCGGUCGACAUAACGCUCGAUUGACCGACCCACUGCCUAGGUGAACAAAUCCGCCUAUCUUGCAUCGCCAUCGCUCUAGUUCGAGUCCAUACCCAUAUCUCACAGGGCUCGGAGGGCUCGCAGGGCUCAUACUUAGGACCAGCCCUUGUCUGCCACCGCUGUUUACAUGAAAGCAUGGAUAUUUGUCAUUUGCCAUUUGCCAUGGCUCUUAAAUUGCCCUGUUAUAAUUCCACAAUGCGCGGCACUUCUUUGGCGCGUCUCUAGUCUCGCUAACUUGUUCCCGUCAUUGCAUCACGGCAGCACGUAUCCACGAUGUGGCCAAAAACUCCAAACACAUUGUGCUCGGCAUGGAGACUUCCUAUUCAGAUACUCGUUUUUUCUGGUCUUUCCCAGAGCUUAACGGCCGACCCGCUUCCCGUUAUCAGAUCUCAGACACCAUCCCCAGCGCAUCAAGCGUGCUCUUUAGCCAAGACCGCGUUUAAGGCCAGCGCUAACGGGUCUGCAACACCAGAGUACAUUGAUGCUCAGUCCAAUUCUUAUGUCAACCGCACGCAGGUCAACUGGUCGAGCAACAACUGGCAAAAUGCAUCCUGUAUUGUGUCCCCCCAAGAUGUACAAGACGUCGCGCGAGUCAUCGGCAUCAUUACGUCUACACAAUCCCCGUUCUCCAUUCGAAGCGGUGGACACGACUUCAACAAGAACCAUAGCACAGUUGAAAAUGGCGUUAUUAUAGAUAUGGUCAAUUUCAACGACAUCACUCUCAGCGUGGACAAGUCAAGUAUCACGGUUGGCGUGGGUACUCGCUGGGGUGCUGUUUACCAAGCUCUAAAUGGCACAGGGGUAUCCGUCAACGGUGCUCGAAGUCCAGAUCCGGCGAUCGGAGGACAAACAAUAUCGGGUGGCAGCGGAUGGUUGAACAAUAUCGCCGGCCCAACCGCAGCUUCAGUCAUUGCUGCUGACGUAGUUCUGGCCAACGCGUCAAUAAUCCACGCUACAGAGCAGAAUGCAGCAGACCUUCUAUGGGCGCUCAGAGGAGGCGGUCCCAACUACGGCAUCGUAAUCUCGUUCACGUAUAAGACUCUCCCUGUGGACAAGGUCUGGUAUGGAACAGUUCAAUUUCCGGCCGAAAGGAAUCGAGAACUCCUAGAUGCGCUCGUAGAAUAUCGUCAGUUAGCCGCCAAGGACAGCAAAGCUAGUAUCGUAUUUGGCUUAUCAACGGAUACCAGUGUUCCCGCGUCAUUUGUCGGCUUCUUUUACGCGGAUGCUAUAGAAUACCCGAGCGUGUUUAGCCCGUUUUACAACCUCACAGCGGCGCCGGGAGGUAUCACCCCCAGGCUUGGUACUCUGGCAGACCUGACAGCCGGUACUCACAGUCCUCAGUAUCCCGAGCCGGGUACAGUUCCGUCGUCUCACUAUGCUGUUACAAUGCCUCAUAAAGUAGACAAAGCGACGUAUAAUGAGACGUACACCACAUUCACCUCUUUGGCAGAGGAAGCCUCAGAUCGCGGUUGGGUGUUUGCAUUCGGCUCUCAGCCAAUUUCCGCCAAUGCGGCCCGGGCCGCUUCCAAUAUGCCACUUGGACUAGAGGUCGUAGAACAGGACUGGGCUUAUGCUACGCUCGGCUGGGAGUCGCCAGAUGACGACUCAGACGCGAUGGGCCUACUGGUGCGCAUGGGGCAAGGCUUUGGUAGCGCUGCUGCUCGUCAUGAUACUAAGAUAAGAUAUUUGUUCAUGAAUGAUGCGUACGACGGGCAGCCUGUUUUGUCGAGCUAUGGUGUCGAGAACGUACAGAAGUUGAGAGACAUCAGUCGGAAGUAUGAUCCCCAUCAAGUAUUUCAGCGGCUACAGAAUGGAGGAUGGCUUCUCAGUAGAGAGACGGCCUAAAUAUCUCUUUCUAGACUUUUGAUGGUACUGAUUAUUCCACCCUUGGUGAUAUCUGGCUGUUUAAUACAUUUCUAUCCGCUUGAUAGCGACAGCGGCUUUUCUUGCAAAAUACACUUUACCGGAAUCCUCCAAUAUUACCUACUCGUGCUUAACUGCAUGACGAUCUAAAAUAAUGAACUCCUAGAGUAUGGAAUACAAUUAUAACAU